GUUGUCGGCGCGCGCUCGAAACGAUUGUAUCUAACCUCAUACACGGGCGCUUUCCGAUAUCAACGGAACUUAUGUUGUUCAUACAAUGGUGAUACUGGCAUGUUCUAGUGAUUUUGUCUAUGGAGUUACAUAGUUCUUUUUUUAAACUGUUCUGUGUUUGAAUUUGGAGUGCGUUUGUGUUAAAAGGAAAUUGAAAAGAAACCAAAGAAGGACCAACAGUGAAGUAUGAAGCUGAUUCUAAUGAUAUCAAGAAAAUGAACGGAGAUGACACAUCAAAUAUCACACAGACGCUGACGAAUUUGUUUGAAGAGAUGUUACUAGAAACAGAAAUGGCCGGUGAGAACCGGACUAAUCUGGAUUUUGCGCAGUUCUUGUCAGCUUUGAGGGUGCAGAAUACUAAGAACAGUUCAGUUGAACCUUUGGACUUUGGCACGUUGGUGAAGAUAGUGGAUGGAUGGAGGUCCCGACUGAACCUGACGAGGCCUAUAGAACCAGCAUGCACGUACUGUGAAGGGAACUUCAGAGACGUCAUCCUUGCUUACAACAGUAUCCAUGGCUACCUCAGUCUCAUUGUAUGUUUUUUCGGAAGCCUGGCGAAUGCGCUGAAUGUAGCUGUACUGACACGAAGAGACCUGGCUGCUGCUCCCAUCAACAGGCUGCUGAAGUGGCUGGCGGUGGCUGAUGUCUUCGUCAUGCUGGAGUACGUGCCCUUCGCUAUUUAUAGAUAUUUGAUAUUACCAGGCCAGCGUGAAAUGCCGUACAAGUGGGCAGCCUACCUUCUCUUCCACAUGCACUUCGCUCAGAUCUUCCACACAGCAUCUAUAUGUCUCACAUUGUCGCUAGCAGUAUGGAGAUAUGUGGCUAUCAAAUACUCGGAUAAAAACCACAUACUGUGCACAGAGAGGCGAUGUAGUACGGCAAUACUCAGCAGCUUCAUACUACCGCCUAUUCUCUGUAUACCUACAUACAUGGUAUUCGACAUUCACACCGCAGUGGUCCUAGAACCUUCAGGACCUAUGAUACUCUACCACGUGGACUCCGACGAAGAAGGCCAACUAUACCAGAUAAAUUUCUGGGUACACGCCGUCGUCAUAAAGCUGCUACCAUGCUGCAUACUAACAGUCAUCAGCUUAUGGCUGAUUAGAGAAGUAUACAGCGCCAACCAACACCAGAAGAAAAUAAGGGUUUAUAACAAAUGCCCGACCAAUAACAAAGCGGUGAAAAGACAGUACAAGGCUGAUAGAAGAACGAAUAGAACGACGAAGAUGUUAGUCGCAGUCUUACUUCUAUUCCUUGUGACGGAACUGCCUCAAGGGAUAUUAGGGUUGCUAAGUGGUCUACUUGGAAGAUGCUUCUUCAAACGAUGCUACGACCUUUUUGGAGAGCUGAUGGAUGCUCUAGCGCUGCUGAAUGGAGCAAUCAACUUCGUGCUGUACUGCUCCAUGUCACGGCAGUUCCGAAUGACGUUUGGGCAGAUGAUGUGGCGCGCGCACUUACACCGCUGGCCUCCACCGACCGGCUCACAAUCCGAUGGACAAAACACGUGGGGCAAAGUCGUCGAUUCCUUGAGGAAGGUUUGUACAAGAGAAACAUGCGAAUGUUUUGCAGCAUUUUCUGUAAAUAUUAUAAGUAUUUGAGUACGGCCAUAUUUAAUAACGAAUUGUAUUGUAGUUUUAAAUUAUUAUGACAUUAAGUACACCGGGUUAUGUUUGUUACUUUCUAAGAUUUUAGUUUUUU